UCAACCGCAUUUAAUUCUCCUCUUCAAAUCCGCGCUUAUUUCUUUCUCUCUCUCCUUUCUUCCUCUCCACUGCUUCCCGUUCGCCUCCCGCUAACCCUAGUUCCUCUCCCCCAUCCACAUCUCCAGGGUUUUACCUUCUAGGGUUUCGAUCCCUUCUCUCUCUCUCUCUCUCUCUCUUUCCUCGUCUUAUUCUCUCUCUCUCUCUCUCUCACGUUAAUUUCUGUGGUGCGAUGGAUUUCGGAGCUGCUCGAAAGAGAGGCAGGCCAGACGCUGCCUUCAAUGGCAAUGGCGGUUUCAAGAAACCUAAGCGAGAAAUGGAGUCCUUUCCAACUGGUAUAGGAAGCAAAUCGAAGCCAUGCACAAAAUUUUUCAGCACUGCUGGAUGCCAGUUUGGUGAGAGCUGCCAUUUCUUGCACUACGUUCCUGGUGGCAUUAAAGCCGUGACUCAGAUGCUGGGCGGCAGCCCGGCUCUUCCAUCAGCUGGCAGAAAUCCGGCUAUCCCACCGCCCUUUUCAGAAGGUUCAUCUCCCACAGCUGUAAAAACUCGUAUUUGCAACAAAUACAACACAGCAGAAGGCUGCAGGUUUGGUGACAAAUGCCAUUUCGCACAUGGCGAGUGGGAACUAGGCAAACGAGGAAUUCCAUCAUCUUUUGAAGAUCCUCGUGCCAUGGGACCCAUGGGAGGUAGGUUUGGUGGUCAUGGUCGGAUGGAACUUCCGCCAGCAGCACCACCAGCAGCUCUUGGAGCCGCUGCCAGCUUUGGUGCCUCUGCCACUGCUAAGAUCAGUGUUGAUGCUUCGCUCGCCGGCGGCAUAAUUGGAAAAGGUGGAGUCAACUCUAAACAAAUCUGCCGUGUGACUGGGGCAAAGCUUUCCAUUAGGGAUCAUGAGUCGGAUCCAAAUUUAAGGAACAUUGAGCUGGAAGGAACAUUUGAUCAGAUCAAGCAAGCAAGUGCGAUGGUACGUGAGCUUAUAGUGAACAUUGGUUCAGCCGGUGGGCCACCGCCACCUCCUAUGAAGAAUGCUGGCGGGCAGGGAUUCGGUCCUGCUAGUAGCAACUUCAAGACGAAGCUUUGUGAGAACUUUGCUAAUGGGUCUUGUACCUUUGGGGAUAGGUGCCACUUUGCUCAUGGAGCUGACGAGCUGCGUAAGUCGGGGGUGUAAUCUUAAUUUUGUUGUUGGCGUUUCUUUGACAUUCUCCUUCCUAUUUUCUUUAGAACAGGCUCUUGGUAUGAGACCUCUAGUUGGAUUGUUGUUUUGGUCGUUUUAUGAGAGGGUAGACUGAGCUUUUCCUAGUUUUGAAUAUGAAGGAUCUCUGUUUGGAUUGUUCUUUUA